CGCCUCGGCUCCCGCAGCUCGAGUGUGUCCCCCGGCUCAGUGUGCGUGGAGAUUAGGUCUGAGCGCUGGCUCGGAACAGGCAGUGAGUGAGCUCCAGCCGCCGCCAGCAGCGCCGCAGCGGACAGGGCUUAGAGCAGCUAGCCCGGCCCCGCCAGCCCAGCCCGGUCCGACUCCCUCCCCACGCCGGGGCAGCCGCAGCAGCCGCCGCCGCCCGCAGAGAAGGUGGAGGAAGAAAUCCAGCCCCUAGCACGCGCGCACCAUCAUGGACCAUUAUGAUUCCCAGCAAACCAACGACUACAUGCAGCCCGAAGAGGACUGGGAUCGAGACCUGCUCCUGGACCCGGCCUGGGAGAAGCAGCAGAGAAAGACGUUCACAGCAUGGUGCAACUCCCACCUCCGAAAGGCGGGGACGCAGAUCGAAAACAUCGAGGAGGACUUCCGGGAUGGACUGAAGCUCAUGCUGCUGCUGGAGGUCAUCUCAGGUGAACGCCUGGCCAAGCCAGAGAGGGGCAAAAUGCGGGUGCACAAGAUCUCUAAUGUCAACAAGGCCCUGGACUUCAUAGCCAGCAAGGGGGUCAAGCUCGUGUCCAUUGGAGCCGAAGAAAUCGUGGAUGGGAAUGUGAAAAUGACCCUGGGCAUGAUCUGGACCAUCAUCCUCCGCUUUGCCAUCCAGGACAUCUCUGUAGAAGAGACAUCCGCGAAGGAAGGGCUGCUUUUAUGGUGUCAGAGAAAAACAGCCCCUUACAAAAACGUCAACAUCCAGAACUUCCACAUUAGCUGGAAGGAUGGCCUUGGCUUCUGUGCCUUGAUCCACCGACAUCGGCCUGAGCUGAUUGACUACGGGAAACUGCGGAAGGAUGACCCGCUCACAAAUCUGAACACAGCCUUUGAUGUGGCGGAGAAGUACCUGGACAUCCCCAAGAUGCUGGAUGCUGAAGACAUCGUCGGAACUGCCCGACCGGAUGAGAAGGCCAUCAUGACUUACGUGUCCAGCUUCUACCAUGCCUUCUCUGGGGCCCAGAAGGCGGAGACAGCAGCCAAUCGCAUCUGCAAGGUGUUGGCCGUCAACCAGGAAAAUGAGCAGCUCAUGGAGGACUAUGAGAAGCUGGCCAGUGAUCUAUUGGAGUGGAUCCGCCGCACCAUCCCAUGGCUGGAGAACCGGGCGCCCGAGAACACCAUGCAUGCCAUGCAGCAGAAGCUGGAGGACUUCCGCGACUACCGGCGCCUGCACAAGCCGCCUAAGGUGCAGGAGAAGUGCCAGCUGGAGAUCAACUUCAACACACUGCAGACCAAGCUGCGCCUCAGCAACCGGCCCGCCUUCAUGCCUUCCGAGGGCAGGAUGGUCUCUGACAUCAACAAUGCCUGGGGCUGCCUGGAGCAGGCUGAGAAGGGCUAUGAGGAGUGGCUGCUGAAUGAGAUCCGGAGGCUGGAGCGGCUCGACCACCUGGCAGAGAAGUUCCGGCAAAAGGCCUCCAUCCAUGAGGCCUGGACGGAUGGCAAAGAGGCCAUGCUGCGGCAGAAGGAUUAUGAGACGGCCACCCUCUCGGAGAUCAAGGCCCUGCUCAAGAAGCAUGAGGCCUUCGAGAGUGACCUGGCCGCCCACCAGGACCGCGUGGAGCAGAUCGCUGCCAUUGCACAGGAGCUCAAUGAGCUGGACUAUUACGACUCACCCAGUGUCAACGCCCGGUGCCAAAAGAUCUGUGACCAGUGGGACAAUCUGGGGGCCCUAACCCAGAAGCGGAGGGAAGCUCUGGAGAGGACAGAGAAGCUGCUGGAGACCAUCGACCAGCUAUACUUGGAGUAUGCCAAGCGGGCUGCACCCUUCAACAACUGGAUGGAAGGGGCCAUGGAGGACCUGCAAGACACCUUCAUCGUGCACACCAUUGAGGAGAUCCAGGGACUGACCACAGCCCAUGAGCAGUUCAAGGCCACCCUCCCUGAUGCCGACAAGGAGCGCCUGGCCAUCCUGGGCAUCCACAACGAGGUGUCCAAGAUCGUCCAGACCUACCACGUCAACAUGGCGGGCACCAACCCGUACACAACCAUCACGCCUCAGGAGAUCAAUGGCAAAUGGGACCACGUGCGGCAGCUAGUGCCACGGCGGGACCAGGCACUGUCGGAGGAGCACGCCCGCCAGCAGCACAACGAGAAGCUACGCAAGCAGUUUGGGGCCCAGGCCAAUGUCAUCGGGCCCUGGAUCCAGACCAAGAUGGAGGAGAUCGGCAGGAUCUCCAUUGAGAUGCAUGGGACCCUGGAGGACCAGCUGAGCCACUUGCGGCAGUAUGAGAAGAGCAUUAUCAACUAUAAGCCCAAGAUCGACCAGCUGGAGGGCGACCACCAGCUCAUCCAGGAGGCACUCAUCUUUGACAAUAAGCACACCAACUACACCAUGGAGCACAUCCGCGUGGGCUGGGAGCAGCUCCUCACCACCAUCGCCAGGACCAUCAACGAGGUGGAGAACCAGAUCCUGACCCGGGAUGCGAAGGGCAUCAGCCAGGAGCAGAUGAAUGAGUUCCGGGCCUCCUUCAACCACUUUGACCGGGAUCACUCCGGCACGCUGGGUCCCGAGGAGUUCAAAGCCUGCCUCAUCAGCUUGGGUUAUGAUAUUGGCAACGACCCCCAGAAGAAGACAGGCGUGAUGGACACGGAUGAUUUCCGCGCCUGCCUUAUCUCCAUGGGUUACAACAUGGGAGAGGCAGAGUUUGCCCGUAUCAUGAGCAUUGUGGACCCCAACCGCCUGGGGGUAGUGACAUUCCAGGCCUUCAUCGACUUCAUGUCCCGGGAGACGGCCGACACAGAUACGGCAGACCAAGUCAUGGCUUCCUUCAAGAUCCUGGCCGGGGACAAGAACUACAUCACCGUGGACGAGCUGCGCCGCGAGCUGCCGCCCGACCAGGCCGAGUACUGCAUCGCGCGAAUGGCGCCCUACACCGGCCCUGACGGCGUGCCCGGGGCUCUGGACUACAUGUCCUUCUCCACGGCACUGUACGGCGAGAGUGACCUCUAACCCGCCCCGGCCGGCCCUGCGCCCUUGCCCCGAACGCCGUGUGAGCCCCGCCCUGCGCCUCCGCUGCCCCCCUUCUUCCGCCCGGGUUGAUUUCCUCGUUCAGCCUCAAACGUGGCGAGCUGGGACCCACGUGGCAUCGAGCCUCCCUGCCCGCGAAGUGACGGUUUACAAAAUUAUUUUCUGCAAAAAAGAAAAAAAAGUUAUGUUAAAAAAAGUAAAAAAAACAAAAAACCACAUAUUUUAUUAUAGAAAAGGUAUUUUUUUCUCCACCAGACUUAAGUGGAAAAGAGGAAAAAUUAACUAUUUGCACCGAAGUGUUUUGUUGUGACAUAGGAAAAUAACCAAGCACAAUGUUAUAUUACAUUCUUUCUAUCAAUUUUUUUUUCUAUCUGUACCAUCUGCUGUAUUCAUUUCUCCAAUCUUAUGUCCACUUUGAUGGAGUAGGGGUGGGGGUGGGGGUUAAUCUUGUCAAAGGCACACUGGUGCAUGUGUGUUUGCUAGCUCACUUGUCCAUGAAAAUAUUUUAUGAUAUUAAAGAAAAUCUUUUCAAAUGGCUGUUUUUUAAGGAAGAGAAUUUAUGUCUUAUUCUUAAGUCCAGAGGAAUGAUUAGCUUCUAUCAGCACUUUUUUUUUUUUUAGUUUCAGUAUUGCCUAUUAAAAAUGGUCAGGACAAAAUGGGUGAGUGUGGACAACUUUGAUACUGCUUGGUGCACACACAGUAAAGCAACAAUGUCCCACGACAGGUCUUUGCUUGCUCCUUGCUUGGGUUUCAGAAGUGGGGUGUGUGUGUGUGUGUGUGUGGUAUUAAGGAUGGUGUGGGGCACCUGUACCCACCCCUAAGAUAUUUUUGACCCUGGUAUUUCAACCUUCUUACACUUCUAUUUCUUUGUUGUAAAAAGGAAAAGGUGGUUUCCUCACAAGUCUCCUACGAGUUGAAAAUAGGGUCGUGGAUGUGUAAGGGACUCCUUGAUGAGAAGCCCACCUUUGUUUUCCACAGUAUCAAACAGUUCUGUGAUGCCCCUUCCCCCAUUCCUUUUAUUUUGCCACAGGACAGAUGGAGUGUCUGUCUGUCCAGCAUCACCUGUGAGCUUGUUGGACAUCCUCACUCCGGACCUUAUGAAUCAGAAUCUGCACUUUAACAAGCCCCCCUGGGAUCUGUGUCCCCUGCUCUAGCUUCUUUUGUUUUGUUUUCUCCUUACCUGUCUCUCCUCCCUGAGGCUUUCACUCAAAGUGCAGGCAAUAAAGUGACAGGCAAUGACUAUCAUUAGUGAUUUUGUUGAUAAUAGUGCAGGGGUUUGCAGAAACACUGCUUAGCAACUGAAGCCAUAGACCUGUGUUCCAGUCAUGGCUGUGUUCAGGAGUUAAAACAGUUUGGUAGAAGCAAUAACAGUGAAUUGGGUCUGCAGUUCGUCGCCAGAGUUCAAAUCCAUGACUGCCAUUUCCAAAGUGGCCAACUGUACUACCAUUUCCUUUGGGAAUAACUGUGCUAUUGUAGAGUUGAUGCUGUAACACAUAGAGCUCCUAGAAUAUUAGUACAUAUAAAUUUCAGCUGUGAUCAUUCUUAAGUUUCAAGGGAUAUGGUUGAAGGUUCUCUUAAAAGAGAAUCCUUAACAUGAGACGGCCCCUCGUGUAAGAGGACUAAGUCAGAACUCACUGGACUGUAGUGGAAGACAGCUGCUCGUGGGGAAGGAUAUGGGGGGAGAGGCUGGCAUUUCCCUUGGGAAACAUUUCCUAUAGAUUUUACCCCUGGCUGGUAAAAGGUCCAUAAAUGUUCACUGUCAGUCUCUUGUGACUGCAGCCUCAUGGGGAAGCGCAUAUGAUAAAGCCAGAGCCUGGUCUCAGAGCAUCAGUUUUUUGAGACCAAUACACAAAUUUCCGUGUUUUAACCAUUUACGUGCAGGUCUAACCAAGGGCUCAGGAGGAGGGAAGUGAGAAGGGGAAACUGUUCCAACCAGAAAGUUUCCUAAACCCAGUGUGCAAGCAUUUUAGCAUGCUUCAAUUUCCAGGGGUGUGAUCAAUCAGCCUCCUUACCUAAAAAAAAUUCGUAAGAGUCAUUUGAAUGAAAGUGCUUGCCAAGUAUUCCACAGUUUUUAGAGAAAUGCCCUUAUUUGGGUUUCUUAAUAUUCAGCCAUGCCUAUAUGUGUGUAAAUGACUAUAGUUACUUUAAGGUAAUUUUCCAUCUGUUUAAGAGGGAGAGAUUUAAAAAUCUAUCUAAGCUUCUAAGGUCAUCAUGCACAUCUAAUACUUAAUUUUUUCUGUAGAAAUGAAAACACUCCUGCUUGUCCUAAUCAUUCAUACAUUAAACAGGUUAAAUACCCCCAAACUAUUUGCAAAGUUUGUUAAAUUCCUUUAACUAUAUUAAGCAUAUUUACCAGUUUUAAUCUUUCCAGGACAUCAGACUCCCUUGCGCAGGCAGAUUCAAGUCCUAGCAGCAAAGUCUUGCUCAGCCCAAAGCAAUUGGAAUGUAAAUGUAGUAAAUCAGGUUCUCUGGAGCAGUUCAAAGAUGUUUACUAACAAUUCUCUUACACCUGCAAAAUUAAAAUCACAUGUCUAAUUUCAAUUAUGCAUUUCAGAUGAAAACCACAAAACUGAUAGAUGCCAGGUUCUCUUCGGUGUUCAAGACCUUGGUUAACCCUCUGGUUGUCAUGAUGCAUGUGAAACUGCUCAACACCAAACUGCUAAUACUGAGAGUCUGAGUUACUUCACCUGAUUACGUGUUUCUAAGUAGGUGAUUUCACGUCCCCUUACUAAUUGCUGGCUUGUUGGGUCAAAGGUUCAGAAUUGUGAUGUAUAUCACUUGGAGAUUCUAACCCAGGUGUAGGAUGAGGCGCUCACACACUUUCAGGUUCCACAUAAGGCACAGGUGAAUUCCUGGCAUUGACUCUAAUAAUGAGAUGCCAUCCUCUGUGUCACCAGGGUCUGAGUCAUGCCUUUCAUCUGGCAUUUGGCAACCCAUUACAUCGCCACUCCCUAGGCAUCUUCGGUCUCACCCUUGCCCAUUGUUCAUCAUAACGUGUUCCUGCUGACUAAGUGAUUGGGUAGGUGGGAUUCUUUACUCUUACCCAGGUGGCAGUUAAUUGUUCCCGUAUCAGUGGAAGAGUUCAUUGCAUCUCUUCCUAUGUGGAGCCUGUAUGUCUCUUGUAUUUUUAUCUGCCUCUGCCCCAUGUUUAUAGGGGCUUUGCUGACAGCCUUGUGAAGGCCAGUCUACAAUGACUCCUGUCUGUGGUCCUGUCAAGCCCUUAGCAAAACCCUAAAGACCAUUCAAAGGACCGGGCCUGUCUCAGGAACAUGCUGUGUACUCCACUGGGCCAGCUCAGAGCUGUCCCUGGACACAGGAACAAGGCCCAAAGAGUGCAGUCUGUAGGCUGAGUGACCAGGACUGGGAACAGGUAAGAUCUCCUUAGGUUGUAGGGAGAGACCAGAGGCUUUGCUCUCCCGCCCAUGCAGGCCCUCUGGUGCUCAGUGUAGAGGGUGUUCACGAGGGGCAUGAGUGGUGGGGAGCGCCUCUGAGCUGUCUGACCUCAACCCAGCCCUAGACUAGGGCAUACCUGUGGUCACCAAGGGAAGUACAACCUCUUUAACAUCAGUGCCUUUCAAGGGACACACCUGGGCUCCAGGGUGCCCUGCCACUUACUAGCUGGGCAGAUCACCUCCCCAAAUGGGCUGAUCCUGCUACUUUCCUCCUGUGCCUAGCACAUGGUAGGCACUUAAUAAGCAGUGGUAAGUGUUAAUAUAGUUUUUGAAAUACUAGCUGUGCUUUGUUUUUGUGCUUACAUAUUCUUAAAGAAAAGGACCUCUCAAAAGUACCUUUAAGGGGAGUUCUCUUCCAAUCUCCGAGCUCUGUGGUGGAUGGAAUAAUGGUCCCUGCGGUAUCCACGUCCUCAUCUGGAAAUGUGUGGUUCUGUUCCCUGAGACGGCACCUGGGACUUUGCAGAUGUGAUUAAGGGUCCUGAGAUGAGGGGUGAUGGAUUGGCCCAUUGGCUUCAGCCUGGCCAGUGUUGUGUGGAAGGUGCAGCCCCAACUUGGUGGGUGCAUCAGGACUCUAUUGCAAGCAACAGAAAAGACUGCCUCCCCACAAAACUCACAUAAGAAGGGGGUUCUCCAGCUGGUGAGACUGGCUGGCCAACAG